AUGCUUGGUCAUUUCCAUUUUACUUUUAUUUUCAUAUUUCUAUACUUCAAAAUAACUUUUGUCAGUGCCUGUAUUCCAACUCAGCAGAUUGAAGAAGGUAUUAUCGAAGUUGUGACAACAACAACUUCUACCUCAACAAGUCUAUCUUUAGAACCUCUCGUCACGAGUUCUUCUACAACUUCUACAUCUACUUCCACCUCUACUACCACUUCAACCACCACAACCACCACAACCACAACCACAACCUCGCCAAUCUUAUCAUGUCUUGAUGACACGUGGAUUAUGGUAGAUCGCACCACCUAUUACUGGUGUAUGAAGGUGUUAAAAACCACAGUAAUAUCGUCUGAAGGUCUUGCCGCAUGUCAAACUCUCGACCCCGCCGCAAAGGUAUCCGGUCUCCAAAACACGGAAGAAGUCACAACAAUAUCUUCAGCCGCCCUGUCGCAAGGCCUGAAUGCGGUAUUAAUCGGAGCUCAACGCACCGCAGCAUGUAUGCUCGUAUCACUUACCGCAACUUGCACAACAUUGACUUCAUUCUACUGGACGGAUGGGUAUACAACUGGUACAGAGGCGUUCAAUUGGCGCACAGGGCAACCGGAUAAUUCGGGAGUUGGCCAGAGUUAUGCGAUCAUUUGGACAACAACCGGGUUGAUGGACGAUGCUUAUAGUUUUGGGUUGAAUGGUGGGGUGAUUUGUGGAAUGCUGCCAGAUUAUUAUUAG